AUGCAACUGCAUUCAACGAUUUUGGCCUGCGGGCCCCUGGCGGCCGCGAUCGCUGAGUCAGCGACGGAAGACGGGUUAAGUGGGCCGCUCCACGUGAGGCGCAAGGCUGACGGCCAUUUUUGGGCCCAACGGGGACGUCAUUUUUGCUGGAGGCACGUCUUCAAAUCUCCCCCGGCCAGGUGGUCCUUGUCGCGCUCUUUGCAGCGUCGACAGGCAAUGCAGCAACGCAAGCGGCAGAUGCGCGCACGGCACCACGACUUGCAGGGCUCAAUUGGCAGCUGCUCUAAGGAAGGCGAGCGCCUGACUGCCUGCCCUUGGUGGCCGUCCGGCGCCCAUCCCGUGUAA